AUGCUAUUUCAUAGUGACAAACUAUUUCGACUUUCUGCAGUAGGUGCAGUUGCUGGGGAUUAUCGAACACAAGCUGGUUUAAUCACUGGUAAAUACUUGCAUUUUUGGGUGAAAACCGAAGAGCUGAUGAAUGGCCAUGUAAAUAAAAAUAGUGCUACGUUGCACUUCGUGGAACUGGCAGGAUCGGGAAGACAGACACAAUCAAAAUCUGUGGGUGACCGUUUCAAGGAGGGUGUAAACAUCAAUCUGUCACUGUCUGUUCUUGGUCGCGUUAUACGAACCCUAUCAGGGGUAAACCGUCGUGCUGAGCGCAUACCGUAUCGCGAUUCGAAACUGACCCUUAUCUUAAGGGACUCUCUGGGAGGUAACAGUAGGACAGCUGUUAUCGUGAAUGUCCACCUUGGCAGACUCUACUACUCGGGAACGCUGUCGACGUUACAGUACGCCGCGGCUUGUGGGAAAAUUGAGAAUCGUGUAUGUGCCAAUGAGGGUUUAGCGGGUGACAUAGUGACGGCAUACAAAUCCGAGAUUGCAUGAAUACGAUCGAAAAUUUCCGAGGUUCAAGAAGAGCUGAAGAAUUGGCGAGAAAUGGUUGAUUUACGAGAAAAAGAGUUCGAUAAAGCGCAAAUUAAGCACGAUCUUCUCUACGCCCAGCUCAUGAGCAAGGCAAAUCAAGAAAUUAGCGUACAGGGCGGGCAAUCCACUUGGUUGACAAGCGCUUAUAGGAUUGUAUUUGCUUCGACACUGUCACUCGUAGUCGGUAAAGGCAAGGACAGCAAGCAUAGAGCAGUUACGAAGGUACCUUCGGUCAUCCUUCUAGGGCAUGAUAACCGUGCACGAUCUCAUCCACUUGUCUGA